GAGUCCGCAUUGUGUUUGGCGCCAAGUGUCGUUGCCCUGCCAGCCGGACUGUUUGCGCGACGACAUCGUUACUGCCACAUCUCUUAUAGCACCAAUCAGCCAACUGUCACAAUCAACACCAUCGCCUAAGGCGCAAUGCCUGCUGGCGCUGCGGCCUCCGAUGGGCCGACAGUAUCACUCUCGUUUGCAAACAACUUCUGGGGCAAGGACGAUGCUGGAGUUAACCCUCUCCUUGAGCGCAUGCAAAAUGCGAAAGUCACCGGCGAUGAAUUGAAAGCCUUCUACACCGCGCGAGCGCAGAUCGAAGAAGAAUAUGCUCGAAAACUGCUUAACCUCGCGCGCAAGCCGCUGGGAUCAAGCGAAGCAGGUACACUUCGUAUGUCUCUCGAUGUUGUCCGGGGCGAGUUGGAGACUAUGGGAAAAGAGCAUCAGAACAUUGCCGGCAAGAUGAAGAGCGAGCUGGAGGAGCCUCUUGCAGCCUUCCAUGGCGGUAUGAAGGAGCGCAGAAAAAUUGUACAGGCCGGUAUCGAGAAGCUGCUCAAGGUCAAGACGCAGCAAACGACGACAGUCAACAAGGCGCGCGACCGCUUCGAGCAGGAUUGCUUGAAGAUCAAGGGCUAUCUUGCGCAAGGCCACAUGGUGAUGGGCCAAGAAGAACGCAAGAACAAGGCCAAGCUCGAAAAGACACAGAUCCAGAUGUCUGCAAACAGCAACGAGUACGAGCUGGCGGUCAAAGUGCUUGAAGAGACUACCGGCAAAUGGAACCGUGAGUGGAAGGCCGCUUGCGACAAAUUCCAGGAUCUGGAGGAGGAGCGCAUUGAUUACUUCAAGAGUAGCCUGUGGAACUUCGCCAACAUCGCUUCGACGGUCUGCGUCAGUGACGAUGCGUCUUGCGAGAAGGUCCGCUUGUCCCUCGAAGACUGCGAGGUUGAGAAGGACAUCAUGAACUUCAUUAAGGAGCGCGGUACCGGCCAAGAAAUACCAGAUCCGCCCAAGUACAUCAACUUCUGUCGCGGCGAUGCGGAUGACGCGAUGUCAAAGGCUGGGUCAGAGGACGGGGACUACUCGGUCGCUCAAUUCCAACGCACGAUCAACCCAGCCUUCAGGACAUCGUCGCCACAGCCCAGUACUUUCGAGUCGCACCAUGACCCGGACUCCAGCUUGCGGGACGAUAUGGGCAUUCCUGGUCGCUCGUCCUUACAGGGUGACGAGUCGUUCAAUGGUCGCAGCUCGCAUGGCAGUGCCGCGCCUCCGCCACUGGCUCCAAGUCAAGCUUCAGCGGCGCCGGAUCCGUACGCGAACCCAUCUCAAGUUCCACAUAAUCCGUAUCCGGCAGACGGUAUGACACAGUUCUGUCGUAUGGGUCCGCCUUCCGAACGUAGUUCAAUCCCGUCGCCAACGCGUCCCGCCAGUCGUGACAGUCAAGAUCAUAGCGACUACUCUGCACCAACCUCCUUCUCCAGCAUGGAGCCUACCAGCGGCCAGCAGUCGCCGAUCAAGCAGUACAAUGGCUCGAACAUUUCUGGCGUAUCCUCAAGUGCGGAUGAAAUGCAGGUGCAGAAGAAGCAGACCGGUUUCUUCAAGUCGCAUAGUCCGUUCCGCCGGCGCAGCAAUAAGAGCAAGGAGCCGAUACAGCCUACCAUGGCCGCUCCUAGUCAUCGCAACACAUGGACGCCAGCUACUGUCCGAGAUACACCUCAGACGAGCCCAAUUAAGCCUUUUGGAGUUGGCAACAGAGCAAGCACAUGGCAACAGAAGCAGGCUUCACCGACUCCGGAUCCGGAUCCUGCUGACCCCCGUGCUGAGUACCAGCUGGGAAUCGGCAACAAUGUGUUCGACGUUGCGUCACCGGACAAGCGUAGCAAGCCGUCAUCGAAGAACGACGCGCAGCAAGAGCUCGACCCGAUCGCACAAGCACUCGCGGAGCUCAAGGGUGUCGCCAAGCAAGCUUCUGUGCGCCAGUCUGCAGACCGCCAUUACGGCAUGGCGACUCCAGCGCCCGGUACGCCUGGCUUUGAUAGCAGAGGUAUGCCCGCGGGUGCUGUACCCACGCCCUUUGCGAACCGAAGCAACGGCGCUACACCACCGCCAGCGUAUGACAGUCCGGUCGUUAGUCGACUCGGCGCACCGCAGCCGGCUCAUACAAGUAAGGAGAUGCAGAGGACGACCGAGCGCUUUGUAAACCAGAAGCGCGACAUGUUCAACUCUGGGGUUGCCACGAGGCCUGGCAGUACACUUGGACGCGGACAGGAGGCGCCUCGUGCAGCUUCGCCGCAGCCACUGCGUGCAACUAGCCCAAGACCCUUGAUCAACAACGACCAGCGCCAGCAGUCUUACCGAGCUCCGUCCCCCAACCCGUACGCCGGUCAGUCAGCAGCCCGGCCGCGAGCGCAGUCUACAAGCCCGAUCAAGCCGCAGCCGAACUAUGGUGGAUACAAUUCCCGCGGCGGGUCGCCAGGCUAUCAGAUGCCGCGUGCUGCCUCGCCUAACCCGGCUUACGUCCGUCCUGCAGGCAAUGCGGUAAACGGAGGGAGUAGCAGACCUACGAGCAGUCGCGGUUCUGACCACGGAGGUGGAGGCGCCAUGGUCCUUGCUCCGGCUGGCAACCAAGAUCCGUACGCCACUCAGCGUCCUGCUCCCAGAACCCAGGGUCAAUUCUCCUACGAAGGCGGUCAAAGCACACAGCAGCUCGCAUCCAGAAACCGGGCCCAGAGCGUUGGUACGCAGAGGCAAUGCACCAGAGACGGCAAGCCUAUUCUUCACUAUGGUAAGUCUUGCAGCACAUGAACCCAUAUUUUCCAGUCACUAACAGCUUUGUAGCGCGGGCCA